AUGACCGACAGUGUCAUUAAACCGUUUCUGUGCGAGAAGCAGAAGAGGAGUAAGCUACUGCUUUUGGGAGGAGUCCAGCUACAGUCAGUAGUAUACUCUCUACCUGGUGCGCUGGUGGAGCCCAGCGACGGAAAUAAAGAAGACAUCUAUAAAAUCCUCAUCGACCAUUUAAAUAAACACUUCUCACCGAAGCAGAACUCAACGUUUGAAAGACAUCUAUUCAGAGGCCUGACACCGUUGGACACAGAAAGCUUUGGUGAUUUCAUGCUGCGACUCCGCCAACAAAUGCAACAAUGUGCAUUCGGAUCCUUAAAAGCGGAGAUUGAGAAUAUAUGUCUAAAGGAUAAAAUCAUAGAUGUGUGGGCACCUCUAGACCUCAAGAAAAGACUUCUGGGAAAGGAGUAUUCACUAGAGGAAGUGAUCGAAGCAUGUCAGGUUGAGGAGCAGAUCAACAAAGAAUCAAAAGAAAUGACAUCAAGACCAAUUGCGGAACCCAUCCAGGAGGCCACCAGCUCCAAACUCAAAAAGGGCGAGGAACAUUGCUUUAAAGUGUCAAGCGAAGAUGAAGAGGAGUUCAUACGAUGCCGAGUGGGAGGCCGUGAAAUUUCUUUGAUUAUUGACUCGGUGUGCAAGUUUAACCUUAUCAGCCACGCGGACUGGUCUCUGCUAGUGAAGAGAAAAGCCACAGUCUUUAACGCCACAAUUUCCGUUGAGCCGGGUACCGAAGAGAUUGCCUCAUUUUACGUGAUUGAAAAUGGAGAACAAUCUCUGCUGGGCCGAGACACGGCUAUAAAAUUAAAAGUCCUCCGACUGGGAAGAAACAUUAACCGUAUUGAGGAAAUGGAGCCUUUUCCAAAAUGGAAAAACAUUGAAGUAAGCCUUUCCAUAGAUUAUGAUGUGAAACCCGUUCAACAACCAGUGAGACGAAUCCCGGCCGCGCUCGAGGACAAAGUUAUGGAAAGACUGGAUGAAGCCCUGAGUCGAGAUAUAAUUGAACCAGUCACGGGCCCGAGUGCUUGGAUAUCUCCCAUCGUGCUUGCGUUUAAGGAGAACGGGGACAUCCGCUUAUACCUCAAGGACGCCUAUCACCAACUGGCCCUUGAUGAAUCGAGCCGGGAAAUAACAACGUUCAUAACUCCAAGGGGACUUUUCCGCUAUAAGCGUUUGAUGUUUGGAGUAAAUUCUGCUCCCGAAAUUUUUCAACGCCUUCUCGAGCAGAUGCUAUCUGCGGUACCUAACGCCAUGAACUUCAUCGAUGAUGUCAUCAUCUUUGGCGCAACUGACCUCGAAAUCGACAGCGCCGUAAAAGAAAGACCCAAAGAACAAAGAAGAAACGCGGAGCUUCCUCGGUUGGUGACCUACGUCGGAAAGUUCAUUCCGGACCUUGCAAGUCAUACAGAUCCUCUAAGAAAACUGCUGAAAACUGAAAGCAAAUUCACCUGGGCGAAGCGAGAAAAAUGCUUCAGCAACCUAAAGAAUCUCCUAUCCAAGUACCAAAUUAUCAUAUUUCAAUCCAAGGCAUCGAACACGGUCGACAACGAACCUUUAAUAAUUACCUUUGCUAGCAAGGCCCUGUCGGAGGUGGAGAAACGCUACUCCCAAUUUUACUACUAUCUGGCAGGCCUGCACUUCGAACUCGUAACUGAUCACAAGCCCUUGGAAGCCAUUUUCAAACCAACAUCCAAGCCCCCAGCUCGCAUUGAAAGGUGGCUGCUGCGGCUCCAGGCAUAUACGUUUACCGUUACCUAUAAAUCCGGAAGAGACAACAUAUCAGAUGCGUUGUCUCGACUCUGUCAACUACCGGCGGUAGAACCAAUCGACCACAAGACGGAAUACAGCAUCCUUCGCGUCGCACAGAGCUCUAUCCCAAGAUCUAUGACAAUUCAUGAAAUAGCAGAGUCUUCCAAGAGGGAUGAAGAGAUUAUGGAUGCAAUCAGUUGCCUGGAGAACGACUCCUGGAAGCCCCAUAGUUCAGUGGGCUUCUACCCGUUUCGGUAUGAGCUUUCAGCGGUUGGCUCGCUCCUUUUGAGGGGAAACCGCCUAGUCGUGCCAACAUCUCUGAGAGUAAAAAUACUGGAGUUAGCCCACGAAGGACAUCCCGGCGAGACAGCAAUGAAACGCCGCCUGCGAUCCAAA